AUGCCUCGACAGCUGAUGGUGCUAAGCUCGGUCCAUUACGUUUGCCUAAAGAUAACACUCGUUCUCUUCAUCUGGCGCGUAAGUUCCCUCGCAGAAGCACCGGAGUCGCAUGAGAGGAAACCGCUGCUCGGAAAUGUACAGCCGGUGAAAAGCAAACUGGCACGCAGCCUGCGUUCACUCGUGUCCUGGACGUUCUUGCACGUGGCGGUUUCACGUGCUGUCUCGUUCUUGGUGAUCACCUCGUUCCUGCUCACCGCCGUCGACUUCGGCACGGACAAUGGACUGGUCAGCUUCGAAGCGGUUGCCUUGGUCACCGCCUGUGCCGUCGGCGACUUGGUGUCCAAAAUCGGAAUCGGCUUCGUCCUCGACGCGAAGGUGCUGAGUCACGAAGCUUUAAUACUCGGGGGCUUCGCCGUCCAGGCAGCCUCGUUGGUAGUCACGGUGCUUGUCAAGAAAUAUUGGGUUCUCCUGGUGAGCUCCUUCUUCACGGGGCUCACAGGGGGAAGUCGAAUAUUCGCCUGCACCGUCAUGGUAGCCGAGCUGUUCGACCAACAGGCGCUGCCGCUUAGCCUGGGCGUCACCAACUUCGUCGCCGGCAUCAUUUGCCUCGUUCGGCCGCCCCUUGUCGGCUACACACGAGAUGUCGGCGGCUCGUACGACCUAUUGUACAUAGCCCUCGCAAUUGUGAACGGCGUUUUCACGCUCACGUGGACGUUCAGUAUGUGCUUGCACAAGUUCCGAACACGUCGGCAAAGGGAGCCACUCGGCGCUUUCUCAGAUGAAAACAACCAGGGGGUGCCGCAAGGAUAAAUAUCGAGGAAAGAAGCAUAAAGAAAAACGGCUGUGAUAGAGAGAGAGAGAGAGAGAGAAAGAAAAGACGGGGAGGUU